CUUCCCUCAGAGAGGCUGAGACAAGGGAGAGGGUAGGAGUCGCUCCUCCUUGGUUUCAUCUGCCGUCUCGCUGCAUCAGCAUCGGAAUCGCGUGAAGAGCGAUCGACAAUCCAUUGUGCCGGAGAUGUAUCAGCAUCGGAACUUCGUGAAAAUUGAAUCCGUCGUGCCGGAGAACGCUCUUUCUACUCGCAAAAUCUCAGAUCCAAUCGGAUCCUCCCCCUUGAUCUUCUCGAUAUGUUUUUUUUCCUUAGAAAUCUUCUUCGCUUCCUAAUCCCUACCUAUCGUGUAUUUGAGUUGAUCUUUUAGAAUUUCUUUUUCUUUCUAGAUCCAAGCGUUAGAAGCUAAUUUAGGGUGCGCCGCUAGAUCUACCUCCAUUUCUGGUGUUCCGGGUGAUAUCUAAAAGCUGGAUCUUGGACUAUUGUGGAAGCCGAUCUAAGGUCCGGCGAUGGAGUUGGAUGUUGGAAAAGGUUACAGCAAAAAGGUCGAAUUUUUAUAUGGGUGUACUAGUCUAAUUUCCUUUUCCAGCUUCAGCCAUGUUUUAUGCCAGUCGGUUGUCACCAAACACUCCAAUCUAGGAUUUCCAUACUGAUAAAACCCUGGAACAAAUUUCAUGGUGAGAUUUUUUUUUUCCUUUUUCCUGUGGUUAAUCUUUAGCUGCUGGAUGAGUGCAGUUAGGGCUUAGAGAGAGACCCUGAGAAUAAGACGAAUAGAGGGAAGAGAUCGAGGAGUUGGAUGGAGGAUUUUGCUAAGUAUGUUCACAGCCCGGCCCACCUCGCCGUGGCGCGGCGAGACCACGUGGCUCUCCGGCGGAUCGUGGCAGCCCUGCCCCGCCUCCCGAAGGCCGGGGAGGUCACCACCGAGGAGGAUUCCCUCGCCGGAGAGCUCACCGCCGACGCCGUCUCCGCCAUCAUCGACCGCCGCGACGUCCCCCACCGCGAGACCCCCCUCCACCUCGCCGUCCGGCUCCGCGACCCGAUAUCGGCGGAGAUCCUCAUGUCGGCUGGCGCCGACUGGUCCCUUCAGAACGAGCACGGAUGGUCCGCUCUCCAGGAGGCCGUGUGCACCCGGGAGGACACCAUCGCCAUGAUCAUAGCUCGCCACUACCAGCCCCUGGCCUGGGCCAAGUGGUGCCGCCGCCUCCCUCGCAUCGUCUCGUCCAUCGCUCGGAUCAGGGACUGCUACAUGGAGAUCUCCUUCCACUUCGAGAGCUCGGUGAUCCCUUUCAUCGGCCGGAUUGCGCCGUCCGACACCUACCGGAUAUGGAAGCGGGGGCCGAAUCUCAGGGCCGACAUGACCCUCGCCGGCUUCGAUGGGUUCCGGAUCCAGCGCUCAGACCAGACGUUUCUCUUCCUUGGCGAGGGCGUGUCAUCAGAGGAAGGGGGCCCGUCGUUGCCCCCUGGGUCGUUGAUCGUGCUCUCCCACAAGGAGAAAGAGAUCACCAAUGCCCUCGAAGGAGCUGGUGCCAAACCCACAGAGGCGGAGGUGGCUCACGAGGUAGCCUUGAUGUCGCAAACUAACAUGUAUCGGCCGGGGAUUGAUGUCACGCAGGCGGAGCUGAUCUCACACUUGAACUGGCGGCGGCAGGAGAGGACAGAGAUGGUCGGGAAUUGGAAGGCCAAGGUCUAUGACAUGCUUCAUGUGAUGGUGAGCGUGAAGUCAAGGAGGGUCCCUGGAGCGAUGACUGAUGAGGAGUUAUUUACAGCGGACAAUGAUGACAGGACGGCAAAUGGUGGGGAGGUUGACGGGGAAUUGGAUGAUGUCCUGACGGCUGAGGAGAGAAUUCAACUAGAUUCAGCUCUUCGGAUGGGUAACUCAGAGGGUUUUGAUGAGUAUGAUGGGAAUGGUGGGGAAUACGACAGUGUCGAGAAUUCUGAAUCCAAUGGUGUUACCAAGGAGAGAAAGAGCUGGUUCGGUUGGAGUAAUAAAAGAGCUUCCAAGAGCAGUGGAGAUGGGGACACGGAAGACCCAAACAACCAAAAGAAGUUGUCAAAGUUGGCCCUGGAGAAUGGAAAUCAGAAAACAGAGUUCGCAAAGGAGGACUCUGGAGAUACUAAGGAGGGGAAGGAGAAAGGCAGUAAGAAGAAGAGGAGUGGAUCCACGGGAGACUCUAAUAAGCACGAGAGCGAGUACAAGAAGGGGUUGAGGCCGGUUUUAUGGUUAACACCAGAAUUUCCUUUGAAAACUGAUGAGCUUCUUCCCUUGCUUGAUGUCUUAGCAAACAAGGUCAAGGCCGUGAGGAGGCUCAGGGAGCUUUUGACUACUAAGCUGCCUCAGGGCACGUUUCCUGUCAAGGUAGCUAUCCCAAUUGUUCCAACAAUUCGAGUUCUUGUCACAUUCACAAAGUUUGAAGAGCUACAGCCAUCUGAUGAAUUUGCAACCCCACUUUCCAGCCCUGCACAUUUCCAAGAAAGCAAAACCAAAGAAACAGAAUCAUCAGGUUCGUGGUAUUCAUGGAUGAGGGGAAGCUGGGGAGGGCAUUCUAGUGAUAGCAGUGAAGGCCGAAGCUGGAAAGAUGAGAUUGAUCCUUUCCAUAUACCUACAGACUACACUUGGGUUGAUGCAAAUGAAAAGAAGCGCCGAAUGAAGGCCAAGAAGGUUAAGAGCAAGCGGGGUAGCAGCAAGAAGCAAACAUCCAAAAGUUCAGAUGGCCAGCAAUUGAUGGAUGGUUUUGAGGAGUAAAACAUAGUAUAACACAAUUUAAUUGCAUUUGAAAUCUUAGAGGAAGAAGUGACUAAUACGGGAUUAAUAUGUAUUUGAGAGCUCCGUGUUUAUAUCGAAAUUCGGUGACGAGUACAUUAUAUGCUUGAUCCUACGCCUUUGUAAUUUGAGUUUUUCCUUGUGUAUCUUGGCAGAUAUCAGUUAUUUCUAGUGUGCAUCAUCCUGGUUGAGGGCCUGUGUCCAAUUGUUGUACGCGUGCAAUAUUGUGUCACCUAAGAAAAGAAAAAAAAAAGAGAAACAUGUGAUGGUUAGUUGGAGAACAUAUGGCUAAUUCAUGUGAUGUAUUUUUUCUUCUUCCAUGCGGCACCAAGUCAUUCAGUUUGUUUAAUGAUUUUUUAUUAAUUA